CACGCAGAGAAGAAGAUGGAGGAGCUGUGGAGCGGCGCCCCUACAGGAAAGGUUGAGACCCGGGAGGAUGAGGAGCAGCAGGUGAAGCUGGUGGAGAUCCUGGAGCUGCUCGUGGCCGCCGGAUACUUCAGGGCCAGAAUUAAAGGUCUCUCCCCAUUUGACAAGGUGGUCGGUGGGAUGACGUGGUGCAUCACUACCUGUAACUUUGACAUUGAUGUGGAUCUGCUCUUUCAGGAGAACUCCACCAUUGGACAGAAGAUAGCAUUAACUGAGAAGAUUGUGUCUGUAUUGCCAAAAAUGAAAUGUCCGCACCGCCUGGAGCCGCAUCAGAUCCAAGGUCUGGACUUCAUCCACAUCUUCCCCGUCAUCCAGUGGCUGGUGAAGCGCUCCAUUGAGACGAGGCAGGAGAUGGGCGACUACAACCGCUCCUAUUCUGUGGCCCAGUUCCAGAAAGAUCACCGUCUCCCUGAGGACACAGAGUUUCUAAGCCGGAGGGAGAAAGCCGUGAGGACCCUGAACGAGACCUUUAAUAUCUACAAACCUCAUAGAAGAUACAGGCGUCAGGAUGGCGCGGCGGAGCUCACAGAUGAGGAGUCACGGGUUCACUCCACACUCUUGGAAUACGGCAGGAGAUACGGAAUCAGCAAAGUUGGAAAGAUGGAGAAGUGGGAGGAUCAGAAGAUGCCGGUCGCUUCCGGAUUGGUCAAAGGAGACUUAAAAGAGGAGGAGGAGCUUCAGGCACAGGAGGAGCUUCGCAUCAAGACCUUAAUGACGGGGAUGGCGGCCAUGGACCUGCAGCAGGGGCGUCUGACCGCCAGCACGGUUGGGCAGAUUGUGGGCUUACAGUCACACGAGAUAAAGCAGAUGGCGUCUGAGUAUGCGGAGAAGCAAUCAGAGCUCAGCGUGGAGGAGCGGGCGGAGCACAUGGGAUCUGCGCAGCAGCAGCACCGCAGGAAGGUGGCAUCUGUCACCAAGCAGAUCACCCAGAAGAUCAAAGCCCUGGAGCAGUCGAAGGUAAAAUCCUCUGAGCUGCAGGCAGAAUGUGAGGAGGCGAAGAAGAAGUUGUCAGAGGUUAGAAGUUGCAGUGAGAAGUUGGAUGAGGAGAUGUGUGCGCUGGAGAAGGUGGAGUCCACAGCUGAUCCGGGCAUUUUACAGAAGCUGCGAGCAAUGGUGGCGAUGAACGAGAGUCUGAAGUCUCAGGAGCAGCAGUUCCGUGCACACUGCCGGGAGGAGGUGACCCGUCUGCAGCAGAAUAUCGAGACCGUGAAAGCUGAGAUGUCAGAAAGUGGGGAGGAGAAGGAGAGGUCAUCGUUGUUUGAGCAGCAGUACAGAGCGGAGCGCGAGAAGCUGCAGAAGAUCCGGCUGCUCCUGGCGCGAAGGAACCGGGAAAUCGCCAUUUUACAGCGCAAGAUCGAUGAGGUCCCCAGUCGAGCGGAGCUGACGCAGUAUCAGAAGCGGUUCAUCGAACUCUACGGGCAAGUCUCUGCUACUCACAAGGAGACCAAACAGUUCUUCACCUUAUACAACACCCUGGAUGACAAGAAGCUUUAUCUGGAGAAGGAGGUGAAUUUGCUGAACUCUGUUCACGACAACUUCCAGCAAGCGAUGGCUUCGUCUGGCACCCGGGAGCAGUUCCUCAGGCAGAUGGAGCAGAUUGUGGAUGGCAUCAGACAGAACAGGAAUAAGAUGGAGAAGAAAAAGCAGGAAAACAAGAUGAGACGAGACCAGCUGAACGACGAGUAUCUGGAGAUGCUGGAGAAGCAGAGAUUGUACUUUAAGACCGUCAAGGAGUUUAAAGAGGAAUGUCGCAGGAAUGAGGUGCUUCUGAGUAAACAGAAGGAUCGCACCCCCUGAUGUUACCUGCACUGGAAUCACCAUGGUAACCACCAUUCAUGCAUCACAGUCGGGUCACAUGACUCUAAUAAAACUAUGUCCUCCCA